AUGGGUGGUAAGGAAGAAAAGGGAAAGAUGGUGUGUUCAGUAUGUAAGAAAACUGGACAUACACUUGAUACUUGCUUUCAAGUGAUCGGGUAUCCAGAGUGGUGGAGUGAGCGAUCUCGAGGCAUUGGAGGAUUUGCACGAGGAGGAGGUCGCCAAGGAACCGGAAGAGGACGUGGCGGAAUGGCUCGUGCGAACGUGAUGGUUGCACAAGAUGGAGCCGAGACGAGUGUGGAAGCUGAAAGGAGUGGCUAUACAGGGCUAACAAACGAGCAAUGGGGAAAACUCGUGAAACUUCUUGAGAGCAGUAAGGGAAACACACCUCGUCUCAGUGGACUGAAAUGCAAUUUGAUAUAUGUGUCACAACUUGUUGCCGAUUUAGAUGUGGUAAUGCAGAUUGCUGAUAAGGGGUGUGUGAUUCAGGACCGUAUAACAAGGAGUGUGACUGGAGCAGGAGAACUUAAGGAUAGACUGUAUUUUUUUCGUCGACUGAGAGAGUUUCGAGUCUUGCAUUUGAAUAAAGAUGGAGCUGAAGACCUUUGGCAUCAGAGGCUUGGGUAUCCUUCCAAUGGUGUUUUUGAUUUACUUCCAGUUGUUGAUAAUAGGAAUAAGGACUUUUCAGUUUGUGACAUUUGUUUAAAGGCUAAACAUUGCUGUGAGAGUGAUAACGGUACAAAGUUUAUAAGCCUUGCGUCUGAGUUCCAACGGAUGGGAAUCAUACAUCAGACUUCGUGUGUUGGGACACCACAACAAAAUGGGAGAGUAGAAAGAAAGCAUCGACACAUUCUGAAUGUGGCCUGGGCCUUGUUGUUUCAAUCGUCCCUUUCUGCGAAGUUUUGGGGAGAAAGUGUGUUAACUGCUGAUUAUCUCAUCAAUCGGACUCCGUCACGGUUGCUAAAAGGGAAAACUCCAUAUGAGCUCAUUUAUAACAAGACUCCAGCAUACGAAAACUUGCGAGUGUUUGGUUGUUUGGCUUUUGCGCACAAGCAACGUCGUGGAGGAGAUAAGUUCAAAGCUCGUAGUAGAAAAUGCAUUUUCCUGGGUUAUCCUUUUGAGAAGAAGGGAUGGAAUAUUUUUGAUUUGGAAACAGAAGAACUGUUUGUAUCACGAGAUGUGGUUUUUGUUGAGAAUGCUUUUCCGAUGAGCAGUGAGGUGUUAGUGGACAUGCGAGCUGACGAUGACAUUUCAGAUUUCGGCUGGGAAGAAGAGGACGAAGACGAACGAAUUUUGGAAGAAUCUUUGGAGUUGCGUGAUACUCAGGUUGCGCAAGAGAGUGAUAUUGAGAAUUCUGAAACAGAGGAGCAUUCUUGUGUUAAAACAGAGGAGCAUCCUCGCGCUGAACCAGAGGAUCAUCGAGAAGAACAAACAGAGGAGAUUGUUGUUCUUCAAGAUAGUGAAUCCGAAAAUGAAGAUAGUGAAUCCGAAAAUCUUGCGCAUGUGGAAAGAUUUGGGCCUUGUUUGAGAGUCACAAAAUCGCCAAGUAAGUUUAAAGAUUAUGUGAUGAAUACUAUCAUCAAGAUUGAGUCCGAUGAAAACAUUUUGUAUCCACUAUCUGACUAUCUCGAUGCAACCAAUUUUUCUGCUCCGUUUCUUGCCUUUUUUGCCACAGUAAGUGAGAACACGGAACCAGAAACAUUUUGA